UCGUGAAUGCAAAUUCUACGCCUGCUGAUCGGAUAAGAUCAGACCAGAGAGCCCAUUUCUUCAAAAACAUCAUAUACUCACUCACUAUAUCUAUAUCUAUAUCUCUCCCCCUUCUCCUUCUUUUCGACCAUUCUUUCUUUUGGAGAGUUUCAGAUUACCCCCCACCUCUAUUUUUUCGUUUUCAUUCCCGAGAAAAUAAUUUAUUUGUUUUCAUAGAGACUUUUGGUGGCCACGAAAAUUCUUUCUAAGUGGGUAUGCAUCUAAAUCCCUGACCUUGAAGGCUCGAAAGCGAUAAGAGAAGUCACUCUAUCUAUAGGAUUUGAUUUUGGGAUUUAUAAAGCGACUGCCAAAAGAUUGAGAUUUGUGGAUGGAAGAAUUCAAUGCAGGUUUUCAAUGGCGAUCUGAGUUCAAUCUGCUGAGAAAAUUAAGAGGUUUCAGCGAAGAAUGAGCUCCUUAGCCAUGGAAGGUUCUUGUGAAGCACAAAUCAAUGGCGAAGCGGCUGAUCCAGGCCUCCAGGUUAUUAGAUACUCUCCUUACCAGCCCUGCACUAAAUUAUCACCGCCAUGGUUUGAGUUGAGAGUGUUCUAUGUGAGGGUCAGUAAUUUCAAGGUUGAUGAUUCAACACCGGAAUUUCUAACUCUCAACCAUAUUCCUCUAAGCCCUGACACCCUUUUGGAAGUUAAUGGCUCUAGAGCCAGCAUUUACUCCGACGGAGUCUCGUCCCUUCUUAGAAGGGAUCGCGCGGAUAAGAAAUCCGAGGAGGCCACGUUUGUGAGCACGGACAGUAUAAGGUUAACUGGGAGUUUGAAAUUCCAGGUGUUUGAUAAAGACGAUCUCAUUCUCUCUGGAGUUCUUGAGAUGUCCAACAGUAAUGGGUUUGUUGGGGAGUUGAAAAACAGUGCCAAGCGAUGGAGCAUGAACUGCGAAUCAGAGAUAACCACUGCGGCAGGAUUCCUGAAAGGGAAACAUCUUGGUGGCACGGAAUUGCCCGCGCCAACGAUUGAGGUUUAUGUUGCGGGUUGCUUUUCUGGAACGCCGAUUAUCUUGACAAAGACUUUGCAGCCUUGUUUCCGUAAGAAGCACAUCAGGAAGGGGAUGUUGGAUGCAAUACCAGAGAAUGAAACAACUGAAUCGCAGAAAGAUGUGGCUCCAGAACUUGAUUUGCAGUUGGCGGAAUACAGAAACUAUAAACCAGAAAAUGAGGAGGAUUAUAACAACAUGUAUUGGAGGAGAACAGAAUACAUGGAAGGUGAAGAUGGUGAACUCUCCUGGUUCAAUGCUGGAGUUAGAGUUGGGGUUGGGAUUGGACUUGGCAUUUGCCUUGGAAUUGGUAUAGGCGUUGGCUUGUUGGUUCGUACCUACCAAACAACCACUCGGAACUUCAAAAGGAGGCUUCUGUGACGACCACUUUGUUCACGCAUAAUAUAUAUCGUAUAAAGGCAGCUAACUUCGUCUGUGUCCUUGACAUCGAAAGUGAAGAUUUUGACUGUGUAGCCGACUGUUGGAAAAAAAAAUUUUGUUUACGGGUGUAUUUUGUUAGUUUCGUAAUGCGGUAAUGCUUGUUUAGAAAAAAGUGUGACAUAUUUGAUUCCUAUACAAAUGGGGAAAUAAAUCUUUUUCUUGUGUUCUCAAAGUUAGAAUGACUAAUUUAAAGCUUGUAUAAGUUGUACUGUCAUUGUAAAUAAAACCCUUUUUCU